AUGACAACAACGGAUGCCGAAGAAACGAAUACAACAGUUGAUACAACUGAUGAAAAAGAAGAGAAACUCUACGACACGAUUGUCAAACGGCUCGAGCCACUCUCUGCAGUGAAGUUUGCAGCGUAUCGUGUUGCAUGUAAACUUCGUGUUUUGCAAAAAUACCUGAAAUUGACUUAUGUCGAUUAUAAUAUUCUGGUACGAGCAUUCAAUACUCAUCAACUACAGUUUGGCGUUGAAACAUCGAAAAUUUCGCAUGAAGAUGCUCGGAAAGUAUUGAUGGGAAUCUAUCAGUUGAUUUCAUCGUACCAUUUCAAUGAAUCGACUAUGGAGGAAAUUGUUGAAACUUUAUUGAGAUUCAUAUCUGAAAUUCUCAAAAUCGAAGCAAAUGAAGAUUUCGAGCAUAAUCCGUUUAAGAUUAUUCUAUUUGCAUUAUCGAAUGCUAAAUUACCGGAAAAGUAUCGUUGCUUUUUCCGGCAAAUCACUUCACCAAAUGUAAUUGCUUCGCAAGGCAAACUAACUGAUCUAUUCGAAAUUCUAUUAAAGUUACCAAAUCAUUUCGAUAAUGUCGAUUCAUUCCAUUCAGACAAUAUUCCAGGCUGUGUUCAAAGUUGUCUAGAUCAUACACAUGAUGGAAUAGUUCGUGAAGAUAUUUUUGUCAACUGGAUGAGUCGGGAACCGCAGACAUUAGUCUGGUUGCCAACGUUACAUCGUUUGAUUGCAACAGAAACAGUUCGACAUGAAGCAAGAUGUAAUACAUGCAAAGCAUAUCCUGUUAUCGGCAUGAGAUAUCGAUGUCUUCGAUGUUUUAAUUACGAUCUCUGUCAAACGUGUUUCUUUACGGGUGAUCAUGCGAAAAAACAUGAUGGCAGUCAUCCGAUUGAAGAGUAUUGUAAACAGGUGACACCGUUCGAAGAUUUGAAAGCAUUCUUAGAAUUCGUUAAACUCAAAGUUGGCAAACGUGAAUUACAAAGAAAAGAACGUUAUCUUACUAUCGAACGUUCAAAAUCAUUCUGCGAUACGCCAGUCACCUCGUCGAUCAAUAGUGCAAGUCAACUAGUUACUAAUGGACAUCAUUCAUUGAAUCGGCCCGAACAACCACCGAAAAAGGUUCAUCUGCAAGAGAUUUAUCGAGCAAUUCCGAAGAGUGAUACGAAUGGAACAGCAUCGUCGACUGAUAAACAUGAAAAUAACAAUGAACAAAAAAUCCCACUGACUGGUUAUGACAACGUUCCAGUUGAAGAUGAGAAAAAGAAACCAUCGAAUUCAAUUAAGAAGAAAUUAACAAAAGAUGAACCGUUACUAGAAAAUGAUCAGUUAUCAUCAUCAACACCCCGUAAUUAUAUGAAUGUUGAUUCGAAAAAGUCUACAUCUGUCCCUGACGAGGACAAUGCACCGAUUCUCAUGCCGAAGCAACAUGCUCCAAUGAAAAAGUCUUCCAUUAACAAACAACAUGCGAAUGAAUUCAUCCAUACAGAACAUUAUCAAUUACCACCGAAAGACGAAGAUGAUGAAUAUCAACCUCCAUUACCACCCAAGCAACGACAUCAAACUAACACCUCACGUGCAAUGGUUUACGAUUUUAUCGGCAGUGAACUCCAAGAAUUACGCGUUGCACUCGCUCAAUUUGAUGCCAAUUCUUCGAUUGCUUAA